AUGGGCACAGGAAGACUAGUAUCAUGCAAGAAUCCCUCUAUUAGAAAUAUUCCUGCUGGAUGGAAGGAAUUGAUUCAAAUGUUGGAGGGAGGCAAGGCAAGAGUGAAGGUAACACAAGUUAGAUGGAAUUUACCUCCACUGGGGUGGUGUGCUUGCAACACAGAUGGUGCUUCUAGAGGUAACCCAGGGAGGAGUGCCUAUGGUUUUUGCUUGAGAGACGCUGAAGGGAAUUUACUAUAUGCACAAGUUGAGGAGAUUGGUUAUGCCACAAAUAUAGAAGCAGCAAUUGUGGCUAUUUUGGAGGCCUUGAGGUACUGCAAGCAACAAGGGCUUCACAACAUCAUUUUUCAGACAGAUUCUCAAACUAUUCAGAAAAUAUUGUCUGAAGAAUGGAAACCUCCAUGGAAUAUUACAGGUUGGGUGGAAGAGGUGGAGGAAUAUAAAAGGGACCUGGACGUCAUAUUCAAUCGUACUCUAAGGGAAGCAAAUACUGAUGCUUUAGCCAACUUUGCUUUAGAUGAAGGUCCUUUGCAGUGCUACUUGUUUGAGGAGUUGAAUGUGUAG